AUUCAAGGUUUACCCAACAGGAACUUCCUGCAUGCAAGCCAAUUCUUACACCACGAUGGGUGAUUUCAACAUUUAUGUUUGUUAGCCUUGUCUUCAUUCCCAUUGGAGUUGCCUCGCUGUUCGCUUCUCGGGAUGUUGUUGAAAUCAUUGAUCGAUAUGAAACUGAUUGCAUACCACAGGACUUCAAAAACGAUAAGGUCAAAUAUAUACAAACCCCUGGAGAAAAAACCUGCAACAGAACCCUGACGGUGCCCAAGCAUAUGAAACAUCCUAUUUAUGUGUACUAUCAGCUUGACAACUUCUACCAGAAUCAUCGCAG